AUGUCUCCAAGGUAUAUAUCUGCAGCGGGGGCCUGGAGCUGUAUGGAAGCACAGAGAUUAGUUUCCUGUAGACCUCUUCCUGGAGCACGCUAUUUUGGUGCUCCUCAAUUACUUCGUAGAACAGCUUCUUCUUGUCUGACUGGGGAGAUGGGUUUUAUGAACGAGGUUUGGAAGGAGGCCAGAGCUAAAGGUGUGGAAAUCAGGCUGGAUUUGAAAGAUGUUUGGUCUAGCAAAUUGCUUCCGGAUGGAAGAAGACAGUCUCUUUGGCAGCUGUUUGAGAAAAUGGAAGAAAAGAAUUUGGUGUCGUGGAAUGUAAUGCUCCCGGCAAAUGCGAUUUCUCUGGCGAAACUUGGGCGCUCCUCAACAGCUGCCAACUCCGGGCAUCUGGGAGAUGCUAAGAGGAUAUUUGAUGGCAUUGGGGAGCCAGACGUGGUGUGCUGGAAUGCGAUGCUUUCGGCAUAUGCCCGUGCCGGAUGUAUCUCAGAUGCGAGAGGAAUCUUUGAUGCCAUGCAGGCGAAGAAUCUAGUCUCGUGGACUGCCAUGGUGUGCGCAUAUUCCAAGCACGGGCAUCUAGACGAGGCAAAGAUUCUCCUUGGUGCCAUGCCCGCGUGGAAUGCGGUAUCAUGGACAGCGAUAAUCGCUGCUUGUGGUUUAGCUGGAAACUUAAACGAGAGUAAGCAGAUGUUUGAGAUGAUGGAAGAGAAGACUUUGGUGUCAUGGAAUGUGAUUCUCGCCGCAAAUGCUCAAAACGGGCAAUUUGCGACUUCUCUGGCGAUCUUUCAUGCGAUGCCGCAGUGGGAUCUGGUGUCCUGGAUCACGCUCCUGGGUGGAAUUUCCAGCGAUAUUGAUGCUCUGCUCGAGAUUUUCUACGCAAUGCCCGAGCACGACAUCGUGUGCUGGAAUGCGCUGCUAUCGGCUUACGGGACUAGAGGCAGGAUUGGCGAUACCCAGCUCGUGUUUGAGAGGAUGCCAGAGAGGAAUUUGAUCUCCUGGACCGCGAUGCUCAAUGCAUGGAUCUUGUGCGGCGACCUGGAACUCGCGAGAGAGCUCUUUGAUCGCAUGCCGGAGAGGAACCUUGUUUCUUGGACCGCGAUCAUCGAUGCGUAUUCGCAGAGAGGAGAUCCGUGCCAGGCCAGGAGCCUCUUCGCCCAGAUGCCGGAGCAGAGCCUGGCCUCCUGGAACGCGAUCCUCUCCGGCAUCGCCCGGUUUGGAGAUCUGGAAGAGGCGGGAGAGAUCUUCGAGAGGAUGCCGGAAUGGAAUUCUUCCUCGUGGAACGCAAUGCUGGCCGCCUACACCCUGUCCGGAAAGAAUCUGGAAGAAGCCUGGGCGCUGUUCGCCAAGAUCCCUCGCAAGAACCAGCUCUCCUGGAACCUGAUGCUCACCGCCGAGAGCCAGCCGCUGGAGUCAUCGCUGGAGAUCUUCGCAUCGAUGCCGGAGCGCGACGUCGUGUCCUGGACGGCGAUUCUCACCGCAUUUGCCCGCGCCGGCCACAGCUCCCACGCGGAGAAGCUCUUCGCGCAAAUCCCCAGCCCCAAUCCCAUCUCCUGGGCCGCCCUCCUGGCCGCGCUCUCCACCACCGAUCCAUUCCCCGCCUUCCACGAGAUGGCCAUGAUCCACGCACCCACGCCCGCGUGCUUCGCGUCGGUGCUGGCGGCGUGCGUCCACCGUGGCGCGCUGGAGCUUGCCACGUCAUAUUUCGCUGCCAUGGUCCGAGACCACGGCGUGACGCCCGGCCGGCAGCACUACGGCUGUAUGGUGGACUUGAUGGGCCGCGCGGGACGUGUGGAUGACGCGCGGCACAUUGUCGCCGCCAUGCCUUGCCACGUGGACGCGCUGGAUUGGCGGUGCCUGCUUGGGGCUUGUAGGUGGAGUGGCACGGAGGGUGAUCGGUGUGGUACGGACGUGGCCGGGCUUGCGAUGGGGGUGGAUCCAGGUGACGCCGCUGCCUACGACCUGGUAGCAAGUGUGUAUGAGUAUAAUAGCGUAUAG